AGUGCUGCGGCUGCGGGUUUAAGUCGGAAACUAUUCUUGUGCGCACUAGGAAGAGGCUUGUUUAUAAACAAUAGAGUCGCUGUCAGAAACUGAACCGAAAGAGCCCCUGAAAGUUGGCGAGUGAAAACGAAAACUUGUUCAACAGUAUGCUAACGCUAGCCCUCACCAACCUUUAGCGAGUAAAUUACCUCGGUCGAAAUAUUUUUUCACUGGAGGGCUCAUGGCAGAAGAAAGCAACAAGCUGACACUGAGGCGCCUGGAGGCACCGAUCCACAAGUUCAUUAAAGUGGCUUUACCUACAGACCUGGAGAGACUGCAGAAGCACCACAAUAACAUAGUGAAGUACCAGCGUUGCCAGCAAUGGGACCGCCUUCAUCUGGAGCAUAUCAAUGCCAGCCGCACCGUACAGCAGCUGAGAGCCAAUAUCAGAGAGAUGGAGAAGCUGUGCAGUCGAGUCCGUGCUGAAGAUGCCGCCGCCCUGGAGAAGCUCGUCAAGCCGGUUAGAGACCGGGCAUCAGCUGCUGCACAAGACUUCUUGCUCUUGCACUCUAAUCCCGCCCCUCAGCCAGCCCCACCGCCUGCUAGCUGCGUGUCCAGCGGUUGCCGUGCCGACGAGGAUGCGGGCGGGGAGCCGGGUGGGGAGUCUGUCAGUCAAGUUCAGCUCCAGCUUCCAGAGAUCCCUGACGAUCAGAGUGCUGCUGAGUCUUGGGACACCUUGGAGGAGGAUCUGAAGGAGCUGAAUGGUUUGGUGACAGAGUUUUCUCUGCAUGUCCAUUCCCAGCAGGAGAAGAUUGACAGCAUAGAAGACAACAUCAACACAGCCGCUGCCAACGUGGAGGAGGGGACCAAGAGCCUGGGGAAGGCGGUGGGCUACAGGUUGGCAGUGCUGCCGGUGGCUGGGGCCCUGCUGGGCGGAGUGUUGGGGGGUCCCAUCGGCCUGCUGGCGGGGUUUAAAGCUGCAGGGGUGGCUGCGGCGGUGGGAGGUGGGGCCCUGGGUUUUGCAGGGGGCAACUUGAUCCAGAAACACCGCAAAACCCGAGUGGAGCUACAGAUGAAGCAACUGACAGCGCCACCCACAGAAGCAGAAGCCGAGCCACAGUCAGACAAGGACAAGUGACCACCCAAGACCUCUGGUUAGCCAAUCAUAGCUUGAGCCAAGGAAGGUAUGACCUCUGACCUCAAUUGCUGGGCAAAUUGCUUCGGUCAAUUGCUGUGACUGAUGUUCCUUACAGGCAAGACCUCCAACUCUGCUCUCUAUUAAAGAGUGCUUCAAAAAGAAAUGCUAUUAAACCUGAUCACCCAGCACUGCUGUAAAACCAUGACUUUCCCCACAGCGUCAUUUAAGAGUACAAUAUGUGACUGUCUGUGUGAAUACUGUUUCUGUCAGGAUAUCACUCUAGUUUUAAAUACACAACUGAUUUUAUUCUGAGCUUAGCAAGUACAAAGAUAGCAGUUACACUACAGAGCUUAGUGUGUGAUGGAUCAGUGUGCCACGCCUCCAAGUGCCUUCCUCAAGUAAUAAGAUAUGUUUUGCUGUUAAACAGACCAAACGCUUGUCAGACACUAACAGUCUAACUAGAGCCCCAAAUGUGUGUAUGUUUCUCCAACUAUGUUGCCAUCAUUGAUUUUUGACUAGGGCUUGAGUUUACCAGUUACCUCAGUAUCCCCUUAUUGAGGAAGAGCAGGGUUGCUCUGUGUGCAGGAUGAAAUGCCACAACUGCUGUCCCCAAGUGAACUCUGAGCUACUACUGAGAUAAAACCGGGAAUCAUGUAUUGAGAGAAGCAACAUCCCUGUGGUGUGUUAUAAUUUAUAUGUUAUGUGUUACUACAGAGAUGUUUAUGUAGAUAAAUAUAUUGUAUAUAGUUUUUUUUUUUUCUUUUUUUAAAUGUGAACUCCAAAUUGCACAAAAAUGCCAAAGUGCCACUUUGUAGAUCACUUCAUAGCUUGGGGUGGUCUAGCUCAAACACGGUGUACGAGCCCGCAAUAUAUUGCUUAUUAUGCUGCUGCUGUCUUUCUAAAUAAACUGCCUCUUUCCAGUCAAGGUCCAUGUCC